AUGGGGUCAGAUGGUAGGGACGAUGAUACAGCGACGAGCAGUACAGAAAGCGAGGAGGUACGCCCCCAGCGAUAUGGGCCAAGUCAAUCAUCUACACACCCACGGCGGCGUCGCUUGCUACUCUCAACCGAUAGUGCUUUCGCUGAUUCGGUCCUCCCUUCCCUGGUCAACAAUCCUUCGAUUGAACUUCGCUUAAUCACCGACGAAUCCUCCGCGCUGCUGGCCGGCACAAAUAAAGUCCCCCACUACACCGACUCCGUCGACAGUGCAACCUUUGAAAAGAAGACAAGCGCGCGGAAAUGGCUAAAGGCAAAGACCGCCGAGCUAUGCGAAUGGGCAGACAUGCUGCUGGUGGCUCCCAUCGACGCGGGAGCACUCGGAUCGAUGCUUGCGGGAUUGACGAAUACUUUGACACUCGCGCUCCUGCGUGGUUGGGUAUCUACCAAGCCUGUCAUCUUAAUUCCUGGGAUGACCGUCUCAGAAUGGGAUCAUCCGCUUAGUUCACGGCAGCUGGAUGAAAUUAGACGGUUCUGGCCCUGGAUUCGGAUCGUCAGGCCAGUGUUGUGGAAAUCGAAGGGGCCCGAGGAUCUGACACCGUUGCCGUGGGAUGGACUGCACGACCUGCAUAAAAGUCUGGAGCUCGGGUUGAAAAUACCUUUCAGACAAGGGCGCAUUUCAAAGAAAGUGCCCGAAGAAGCAUCAGAAAGUCCGGCCAAAGCCGUUGCGUCGGCCAAGUCAUCGGCCAAUGAUACCGCCACGGCGCUGCGCCAACUACAGACCCAUUGGCCCACACCUGGAUCGAGAGUCAAAUCCCUCCCUUUCGAGUUGUGGCUCAACAUAUUUGAAGAUCAACUGGGUGACUGGGAGAUCGCCAAGGCAGUCGGCAUCCCCACCAAUCUUUCGGUUCCGAAAGAGUGGCAGAGUCACCUCCUCAAAAUGUCCACGCCGGCUUCGUUGGAGUACACGAUUCUCAGGGGCUCCUUCGCUGCUAUGAAGAAACGCAUAGACAGUCCGCCACGAUGGAAGCCCUUGUCGGAUCUUGCUUGCCAUUUGAUCGUGAAAUUUUCUCGCACCGAUAUUCUCUCCUAUCUCACAGAAAACCACCUUGAUCUUCUCUGGACAACGUCCCGCUUGACCAACAUUCCCUACCGGGCAUCCGCCAUCUAUGGCAAUCCCACGGUCCUAACGUGGUGGCGAGAUGCGCCCGCGCUACCUAACAAAGAGUAUGCAGCAGACGCGAUGGACGGCGCCUCUCGUGCAGGCUUUAUCCACGUCCUCGACUGGUGGCUCCACUCGGGAUUACCCCUUCGAUACAGCGAGCGAGCUUUGGAGUCCGCCAGCGCCGAGGGCCGAGUCGCCGUGCUGGACUGGUGGAAGAAGGCAUCGGCCAACGCCCCGGUGCACCGCCCGAUUCCACUCAAAGUGGGCAAGUCCGUCUUGCUUGCAGCGCAGUCGGGCCGUACCGCAUCCCUCGCUUGGUGGGAUGCAUCUGGCAUCCCAUACAGCAAUGCUGAAAAUGUGGCCCGAAUCGCCAGCACCCACGGCCACGUGCAUGUAUUGGACUUUUGGUACAAACUCAAGGGACCGAAGAUGAUCUUUGACAACCAGGUCCUUGUUGGACCCACGAAAAAUGGCCACGACCAUGUUCUGCAAUGGUGGAAAGAUUGCGGUCUCCGUGUCGAGUUUAAAACGUGUGAUAUCGAAGAGGCCCUGGAAGAUGCCGUCACCGGUGCAGACGAACGUGUUCGUCGCUGGUGGGAAUGCAACGGCCUUAAUCUCGGCGUGGGCACGCGCGAGUGGAUGAAGACGAAAGUACUAUGA